UAUGGGCGCUGUAACUGUGCUCUUCCUCUUCCUGUUGCUCUGCACUCUGCUUGGAGGCCUUUUCUUUUGGAACAGGAGUACUAAGGGAGCCGUGACAGCAACCAAAAUGAUCCUUACUCUGGACGACAUCGUCUUCAUCGAUACUCAAGUCAGCAGGAAGAAACUCAACGAUGAGUCCAUCAUGAAGAGUCUUUUGGAAAUGAAAACUCCAUUGCGAUCGCUCGCUCGAAGUUAUAUCCUCACAACACCGGAGAGCUCCAACAUCGGGAUACUGGAGGGUGACUGGGUUUGGCUGAAGAAGUUCAGUACUGGAAAAACACCAACAGAAGCCAAUCAAACCACCCAGAAUAUGUUCAGCCAGUUGCGGGAGAUGCGACACGAGAACCUAAACCUGUGCCUGGGUCUGUUUGUGGACUCGGGGAUCUUCGCCCUGGUGGUGGAACACUGCCCCCGAGGAAGUCUGGCAGACCUGCUGGCUGACGGCAACGUGAGGCUGGACUGGAUGUUUAAAUCCUCACUGCUCAUGGACCUCAUCAAGGGCAUGAAGUACCUUCAUCUGCGAGGUUUGACUCAUGGCCGUCUGAAGUCAACAAACUGUUUAGUUGAUGGUCGCUUUGUUCUGAAAAUAACAGAUUAUGGACUUCCUAUGAUCCUGACAUCCCAGGGGAUCAGCAUUCCUGAGGAUCCACACGACAUGCUGUGGACAGCUCCGGAGCUUUUGAGGAAUCCAGUCUCAGGAGGUUCGUUUGCUGGAGAUGUCUUCAGCUUCUCCAUCAUCAUACAGGAAGUGAUCUCCCGCACACUGCCAUAUGCCAUGAUGGACAUGCCGGCUCAUGAGAUCGUGGAGCGUCUGAAGCAGCCUCCUCCUCUCUGCAGACCGAUCGUUUCGGUCGAUGAAGCUCCUACCGAGUGUCUCACGCUGAUGAAUGAAUGUUGGAAUGAAGACCCGAGUAAGAGGCCGAGCUUUGAUGACAUUUUCAAACAGUUUCGAGGUAUCAGCAGAGGCAGGAGGGCCAACAUCAUCGACUCCAUGCUGCGGAUGUUGGAGCAGUACAGCUCAAACCUGGAGGAUCUGAUCCGAGAACGAACGGAUGAAUUGGAGAUUGAGAGAACCAAGACAGAUAAGCUGGUGGGGCAGCUUCUGCCAAAGUCUGUGGCUCAAGCUCUGAAGAAAGGGAAGCCAGUGGAACCUGAACAUUAUUCGGACUGCACCCUUUACUUCAGCGACAUUGUUGGAUUUACAACUAUUUCUGCUCUGAGCGAGCCCAUCGAGGUGGUCGACCUGCUGAAUGACCUCUACACCAUGUUUGAUGCCAUCAUUGCUCUCCAUGAUGUGUACAAGGUGGAAACUAUUGGAGAUGCCUACAUGGUGGCUUCAGGUGUUCCCAACAGGAAUGGGAAUCGACACGCAGCUGAAGUGGCCAACAUGUCUCUGGACAUCCUGCACUCGAUAGGAAACUUUAAGAUCAAACACAUGCCCGAGAUUAAAGUCAAAAUCCGCAUCGGACUGCACUCAGGUCCCGUGGUAGCAGGUGUGGUUGGACUCAAGAUGCCCAGGUACUGUCUCUUUGGAGACACGGUGACCACGGCCUCACUCAUGGAGUCCUCCGGGCUACCUUACAGGAUCCACAUCAGUCUGAGUACGGUCAAAGUCCUGACCAGUCUGAAAGUGGGAUACCACAUAGACACCCGGAAGGCACAGGUUAAGGGCACAGAGGACACGUACUGGCUGAUGGGUCGAGAAGAUUUUAAUAAACCUCUUCCUGUUCCUCCAGACCUCGCCGGAGGGGCCAGCAACCAUGGAAUCAGCCUGGAUGAGAUUCCAGUCGACAGACGACAAAAGUUUCUGGACCGACAGAACAAGAUGAAGAAGUGACAACACACACAGUGUCAUCAGCUGAUGAGACCCUCUCAAAGACAUCUGAACCCUGGAGAUCUUCAGCCUCCCGAAGGCUGUAAAGUCUGAGUGCACAAACCAAUCA